GAGACACCUGUGCAUCCCGGACAUCCCCUGCAUGGCGCACACUCUCAAUUUGGCAGCAAGAAAGGGGCUUGCGCAGCGUUCAGUUGCAACCGCAGUUAGUCACCUUAAAGCAGCGGCUCAAAAUUUCAAAACAUCCACAACAGACAGCUACCUCCUUGAGGCCAAGCAGAAGCUACUUGGAUUCAAACCACUGCAGCUGAUCAACGACUGCCCCACCCGAUGGAAUAGCACGUACGAGAUGAUCUGUCGGGCUGUUGAUCAACAAGCCCCCGUUGCAGCGGUAAUCAUGGAAAAAAAACUCAGCAAACUGGAGCUCAGAAGUGUGGAGUGGACCCUAAUGGAGAAGGUGAAAGACGUGCUGAAGCCAUUUAAAGUAGCUACCGAGGCGUUGUCAACUGAAAGCUACCCAACAGCAUCUGCUGUCCUCCCGCUGCAAUACGUGCUUCUGGCGCAACUCCAGCCCUCCACCGACGACCAGACAGCAGUGAAGGAGAUGAAAACUUUAAUGUCAUCGGAUCUGAAGUCGCGCUAUGACUCUGCCAAAGACGCCUUCCUGAUUCUGAACACAGCCAGCUUCCUCGACCCUCGUUUUCGCAGGCUGGUUCAUCUAGAGCAAGAGUCGCGGGAGGCAGUGCGUGCUAAAGUUCAGAGGGAGCUUGCCGAGCUCGGAGAGGACACGGCGGGCGAAGAGAGAGAAGAUGGGGAUGCGGCCGAUGCGACCAUGGAGCCACCGAAGAGCAAGGCAAAUGCGCUCAGUGCGAUGGGGGAUCUCCUUGGUGAUGUCUUCUGUCAACACUCGGCAGGAGUACGACUGCAUGAAGACGUCAUCCAAGCAGAGAUGAUGGCCUACGACAGUGAGCCUCCACCCCCGUCUGACAGCAACCCGUUGUCCUGGUGGAAGGAGAGGAGCCCCAAAUACCCCUACCUCGCCAAGCUGGCCUGUGGCUACCUGGCAAUAUGUGGGACAUCCGUGAGGGCGGAACGUGUGUUUUCCACUGCAGGGAACAUAGUCACGAAGAAACAGUCUUCGUUAGAGCCAGAGAAUGUGAACCAGCUUGUGUUUUUGGCCAACAAUCUAAAAUACAAAUAGACCCAACGAUUUUCAAUUAUUUUAUUUGUUGUGUAUGUGCGCGCACAAGUUCUAAGCUCCAAAAUAAUCUAAAAUACAAA